AUGAAGUCUUUUAUCCUUACUGGCCUCGUGGCUGCGGCCACUGCCCUCCCCCAGGCCGCUUCUGGUUCCGAGUGUGCGGCCUCGGUUGAUGGAACUUUCACCAUUACCACUGUCAAGGCCCCCGAGGCGGACAAGAAGCGUGCUCUUGCCCGCCGCCAGCUUGAUGGUAUCCUCACCAUGACCCUCCAGGACGGUAAAUUGAAGGACCAAGCCGGUCGUGAUGGAUACAUUGCCUCCAACUACCAAUUCCAGUUCGACGGCCCAGUCCAAGCCGGCGCCCUCGACGUCGACGGCUUCGCCCUCUGCAGCAACAACUCACUGUCUCUCAAGGGCUCGACACUCUUCUACCAGUGUCUCUCUGGCGACUUCUACAACCUCUACAGCCAAUCCAUCGGCGACCAGUGCCUACCCAUCAACAUCGUAGCCGUCAUGGUCACCGACAGCGAAAGCGAAAGCAAAGACCCCGAAGUCACCCAAAUUUCCGACGGCCAGCCUCAAGCCUCUGAGCCCGCAGUAACCCAGAUCUCAGACGGCCAACCCCAGGCCUCCGCCCCAGCGCCUGGUUCCGUCGCACCCCCUCCUCCCCCCGUCACUCAAAUCUCCGACGGCCAACCCCAAGCCUCCGCUCCUGGCUCUCUUCCUCCACCACCACCUCCAGUUACUCAAAUCUCCGACGGCCAACCCCAGGCUUCCGCCCCAGGCUCUCUCCCUCCACCCCCCGUCGUCACCCCAGAGCCCGAACCCGAACCUGAGACCACUCCUCCCGCUGUCACUCAGAUCUCAGACGGCCAGCCCCAAAUCACUUCUCCACCUGGAAACCACAGCAUCACACAUACUACGCCUCCUCUGCCUGAUUUCACCGGCGCUGCUGCAUCGUCGGUAGCUGGAUUGGGUGCGCUGGUUGGUGGUGUAUUUGCC